GCACUAGUAAUAAAGAAUAUGGGCGUGUGGGUUCGUUUAAUUAAUUCUAGAACAAAAACUAUGUAGGUGCUCGACAAAAGUAACAGAUUUUAUGUUUUUUCUUUAUACCUUCGCCUGAUAUAACCUUAAAAUGCUUAAGGAAAAGGGCCAGUUAAAAUUUGAAGACAAAUGGCCGUACAUGCGUCCGAUAGUUUUAAAGUUGUUGAAACAGGAGCCCGUGACCCCCGCCGAGUGGCAGGAACUAUUUUACGACGUCCAUCUCGUUUGUUUGUGGGACGAGAAGGGUCCGGCGAAACUGAGGGACCACUUACACGAAGACAUAGUGCAAUUCAUUAAACAGGCGCAAGCGAGAGUGCUGGCGCAGCGCCAGGAAGAAGCCUUGCUUAAAGCUUACAUAGUGGAAUGGCGAAAGUUUUUUACUCAGUGCAAUUACCUGCCCACGCCCUUCCGGCAAUUGGAGAGCAGUUUGCAAGGAAAACCGACGUCCAGCGGGUCGAACGUUCAAGGUAAUAACGCGAAGAAGGGCCCAGCGGACGAGAGUAUAGUCAGAAAGUUAAUGUUGGACAGCUGGAACGAGAGCAUAUUUAGCGAUAUUAAGCACCGACUGCAGGACAGCGCUAUGAAAUUGGUGCAUAGCGAGCGAAACGGCGAAGCGUUCGAUUCACAGCUGGUUAUCGGGGUGCGCGAGUCGUAUGUAAAUUUGUGUUCGAACGCCGAGGAUCGGUUGCAAAUUUAUCGCGAGAAUUUUGAAGCCGCUUACAUACAGAGCACCGAUUUAUUUUAUCGUAUGAAAGCGCCAGAGCAAUUGGCCAGCAACGGGGUUCAAGCCUAUAUGAGGUAUGCUGACGCAAAACUUAGGGAGGAGGAAUCUAGGGCGCAGCGUUAUUUGGAAGCUGGCAGCAAUGGAGUGAUUCAAUGCUGCGUCAAGGUGCUGGUCGGCAACCCGUUGCCUGUUUUGUUGGCCGAGUGCGCACCCCUUAUAAGGGCGGGUGAAACGGACCGCCUCCAGUUAAUGUUCCGACUGUUAGAACGCGUCCCUGAAGGGGUGCAACCCAUGCUCCGCGAAUUGGAGAAUCAUAUCACGCAAGCGGGUCUAGCCGACAUGAUGGCGGCCGCCGACGUCAUCACACAGGACUCGGAAAAGUAUGUGGAGCGGCUGCUCGAACUUUUUCGAAACUUCAGCGAGCUGGUGCGUGAUGCGUUUUCCGACGAUCCGCGGUUUUUGACGGCCCGAGAUAAAGCUUUUAAGGCGGUCGUCAACGACACCACGGUGUUUAGGUUAGAACUGGGUACGGGUAGGAAUAUCGGGGGGAAAGCGGUCGCGCCAGAGAGCAAAUGUCCCGAAUUGUUGGCCAAUUAUUGCGACAUGUUACUCAGACGCACGCCCCUGUCGAAAAAACUUACCAGCGAGGAGAUCGAGACUAGGUUGCGGGACGUCCUGCUGGUCCUGAAGUACAUUUCCAACAAGGACGUUUUCAUGAGGUACCACAAGGCGCACCUCACCAGGAGACUGAUUUUGGACGCUAGCGCUGACAGCGAGAAAGAAGAAGACAUGGUGGAAUGGUUACGCGAGGUGGGCAUGCCCGCCGAUUACGUCAACAAACUCGCCCGCAUGUUCCAAGACAUUAAGGUGAGCGAGGACCUGAACGUCCAAUUCAGAACGUCCACCACGCGACACGACGCCAUUAAUAUAAAAAUAUUGAACGCGGGAGCGUGGGCCCGCGGCUCGGAACGGGUGACGGUGAGCUUGCCCGUCGAGCUAGAAGAUUACAUACCGGAAGUCGAGGAAUUUUACAAGAAAAAACACAGCGGCCGAAAGUUGCAGUGGUACCAUCAUAUGAGCAACGGUACUAUAACGUUCGCGACGAACGGCGGCAAGUUCGAUCUCGACGUCACCACGUUCCAGAUGGCGGUGCUGUUCGCGUGGAACCAAAGGCCCAACGACAAAAUCACCUAUGAAAAUCUUAGAUUGGCGACGGAACUGCCGGACGGCGAAUUGCGUAGGACAUUGUGGUCGCUCGUGGCCUUUCCCAAGCUUAAAAAGCAGCUGGUGCAUUUUUCGCCAUCCGCGGCCGCUCCUAAAGACUUUGGGGAGCACACCAUAUUUUGGAUCAAUCAGGAUUUUGCGCUUAUCAAAAACGGAAAGUCCCAAAAGCGGGGCAAAGUAAACCUAGUGGGCAGGCUGCAGUUGAGCACGGAGCGUUCGCAGCUCGAGGACAACCAAUCAAUCGUGCAAUUGAGAAUACUCAGGACCCAGGAGGCUAUAAUAAAGAUUUUGAAGAUGCGCAAGCGGAUAGCAAACGCCGCCUUGCAGACCGAACUGGUCGAUAUACUGAAGAAUAUGUUUUUGCCGUCGAAAAAAAUGAUCAAGGAGCAACUCGAGUGGCUCAUUGAGCACAAAUAUAUGAGGCGAGACGACGACGACAUCAACACCUUUAUAUAUAUGGCAUGAUAUCGUUUGGGGUCGUUUCGUAAAAUUGUACAUAAUGUCUGUAAAAAAGAAUAAUUUUUUGGGCACCA